UUUCUUCAUCCAUCUCAGAGUUUAGUCCACCCAAAUUCUCUCUCACCCCCUCCUCUCUCUCUCUCUCUCUCUCUGAAAUUCCAAGAAAUUAAACACAAGAAAAUGGCGAAAGGUGAACGCAGGGUGUUGUUGGUAUUGGGGGACUACGUGGAAGACUACGAGGCGAUGGUUCCAUUUCAAGCACUGCAGGCAUAUGGAGUUUCCGUUGAUGCCGUCUGUCCUGGCAAGAAAGCUGGUGAUAUCUGCCGCACAGCCAUUCAUCAACUUUCUCCUGCUCACCAGACUUAUUCUGAAUCACGUGGUCACAAUUUCGCACUCAAUGCAACAUUUGAUGACAUUGAAUUUAACAAAUAUGAUGGAUUAAUAAUACCAGGAGGACGGGCACCUGAAUAUCUUGCUUUGGAUGCGUCGGUUUUAGAAUUGGUGAGAAAGUUUUCUGACUCCGGAAAGCCAAUUGCUUCGAUUUGCCAUGGGCAACUUGUCCUAGCAGCUGCAGGCUUGGUUAAAGGAAGAAAAUGUACUGCGUAUCCAGCGGUGAAGCUUAAUGUGGUUUUGUCGGGAGCAACUUGGCUGGAACCCGAUCCAAUAGAUCGUUGCUUCACGGAUGGAAAUUUGGUUACUGGAGCAGCAUGGCCGGGCCACCCAGAGUUCAUUUCUCAGUUGAUGACAUUGCUUGAUAUUCGAGAAAUAAGAAAAGAAAUGGGGAAUCCGAAAGGCGAGGAGCGGAGGAGGAGGGUGUUGUUACUGUGCGGGGACUACAUGGAAGAUUACGAGGCAAUGGUCCCAUUUCAAGCACUGCAGGCAUUUGGAGUCUCUGUUGAUGCAGUUUCUCCUGGUAAGAAAGCUGGUGAUAUCUGCGCCACUGCCAUAACCAUUCAAGUAGAGUCCACUGAUCAGGCUAAUACCGAAUCUCGUGGUCACAAUUUCACACUGAAUGCAACAUUUGAUGAGAUUGAAUUUGACGAAUAUGAUGGUCUAGUUAUACCAGGAGGACGAUCUCCUGAACAUCUUGCUAUGAAUGCAUCGGUUGUAGAAUUGGUGAGAAAAUUUUCUGACUCCAGAAAGCCAAUUGCUGCUAUUUGCCAUGGGCAGUUGGUCUUAGCAGCCGCAGGCGCUGUUAAAGGUCGCAAGUGCACAGCGGUUCCAACUUUGAGACCUGGAUUGGUUGCUGCUGGUGCUCACUGGGUAGAACCAGAUACAUUGUCAGUGUGUGUUGUUGAUGAUAAUAUAAUUACUGGGGUCACUUAUUAUGGCAAUCCUGAGUUCAUUAGGCUUUUUCUCAAGGCACUAGGAGGCAACAUAUCUGGUUCUGAGAGAAGGGUCCUCAUCAUCUGUGGAAACUACGCGGAAGAUUAUGAGUUAACUGUGCCUUAUCAGACCCUUAAAGUUCUAGGAUGCCAUGUUGAUGUGGUUUGCCCCAAGAAGAAAGCCGGUGAUACCUGCCCAACUGCUAUCCGUGAUCUUGAAGGGGGCCAAACCUACAGUGAGACACGGGGACAUAAUUUUGUUUUAACAGCUGACUUUGAAUCCAUAGAUGCCUCAAGUUAUGAUGCCCUUGUACUCCCUGGAGGUAAAGCUCCAGAGUUUUUGGCAUUAAAGGAGGAUGUUAUUGUACUAGUGAAACAAUUUAUGGAAGCCAGGAAACCAGUUGCAUCCAUCUGCCAUGGCCUGGAAAUUUUAGUUGCUUCUGGUGUUCUGCAGGGGAAGAAAUGUACUGGAUACCCAGGGAUUAAGGCUCGUGUGGUUUUAUUAGGGGGGACGUUUGUGGAAGCGGAUCCAAUAGAUCGUUGUGUCUCUGAUGGAAAUCUGGUUACCGCAGCAGCGUGGCAUGGCCAACCAGAGCUUAUUUCUCAGUUGAUGACAUUGCUUGAUAUUCGAGUGUCAUUCUAGGCACCCUUUACCAGGUCAGCUGCUCCAAGUAAUAUAUGUAACUCCAUAAACGAAUAAGAGAAUAAAAGAGAAAGAAACAUAGUCAGACACUCCGUGUAAUUCAAUAAAAGAAUAAGAGCAUAUGUUAAGGUGAUGUGUGUAUCUGUGAGGGAGCAAUGUUGCUCUGGUUCUUCUCUUUAUGUACCAGUUGUGGAUGGAACUUUUAUGUUUGUAACUACGUAAGGUUCUUGAUUAUGAUUUUUAUGGAAAUCCUUGAAUCUGCUUUCA